GAAAGUUGAUUUCGAAUUUUGAGGAAGUUAUGGCUAGUUCGGAGAGAGUACCGUGCGAUUUCUGCGGCGAGAGAACGGCGGUUUUGUUUUGUAGAGCCGAUACGGCGAAGCUGUGUUUACCUUGUGAUCAGCACGUGCACACGGCGAAUCUCUUGUCGAGGAAGCACGUGCGAUCUCAGAUCUGCGAUAAUUGCGGCAACGAGCCAGUCUCUGUUCGGUGCUUCACCGAUAAUCUCAUUUUGUGUCAGGAGUGUGAUUGGGAUGUUCACGGAAGUUGUUCUGUUUCCGAUGCCCAUGUUCGAUCCGCCGUGGAAGGUUUUUCCGGUUGUCCAUCGGCGUUGGAGCUUGCUGCUUUAUGGGGACUUGAUUUGGAACAAGGGAGGAAAGAAGAAGAGAGUCAAGUUCCGAUGAUGGCGUUGAUGAUGGAGAAUUUUGGGAUGCAGUUGGAUUCUUGGGUUUCUGGAUCUAAUGAAUUGAUUGUUCCCAGCGAUACGAUGUUUAAGAAACGCGGAUCUUGUGGAUCUAGUUGUGGGAGGUAUAAGCAGGUGUUGUGUAAACAGCUUGAGGAGUUGCUUAAGAGUGGUGUUGUUGGUGGUGGUGGUGACGGUGAUGGUGAUGGUGAUGGUGAUGGUGAUGGUGAUGGUGAUGGUGAUGGUGAUGGUGAUGGUGAUGGUGAUGGUGAUGGUGAUGGUGAUGGUGAUCGUGACUGUGACCGUGAGGGUGAUUGCGAUGGAGAUGGAGAAGCAGGAGAGGGGCUUAUGGUUCCGGAGAUGUCGGAAAGAUUGGAAUGGUCAAGAGAUGUUGAGGAGAUCAAUGGUGGAGGAGGAGUUAAACAGCAGCCUUUGCAGUGGAAUGCUACUAAUCCUAGUGGUGGCCAGAGUUCUCAGAUAUGGGAUUUUAACUUGGGACAGUCACGGGGACCUGAGGACACUCGUCGAGUAGAAGCUGCAUAUGUAACGAAAGGUGCUGCUUCAUUCACAAUCAACAACUUUGUUGACCAUAUGAAUGAAACUUGUUCCACUAACGCGAAAGGUGUUAAGGGGAUUUGCAAGGAUGACUACAAGCGAUCAACUUCAGGCCAGGUACAACCAACUAAAUCUGAGAACAACAAUCUUCCAGUUACCUUUGGCUCAGAGAAAGGUUCGAACUCCUCCAGUGACUUGCAUUUCGCGGAGCAUAUUGCUGGAACGAGUUGUAAGACCACAAGACUAGUUGCAACCAAGGCUGAUCUGGAGCGGCUGGCUCAGAACAGAGGCAACGCAAUGCAGCGUUACAAGGAAAAGAGGAAGACACGGAGAUAUGAUAAGACCAUAAGGUAUGAAUCGAGGAAGGCAAGAGCUGACACUAGGUUGCGUGUCAGAGGCAGAUUUGUGAAAGCUAGUGAAGCUCCUUACCUUUAAGUCUCUUCACAUGUUUUCCUUUUAGCUACAAAGUUAGUUACUUUUUCUACUUUCCCUGCCUCGUAAAUGUAUAGACCGGUCUCGUUUCAUUUGGCAGCCCUUUUUUUGUUUGCCUUAUCUAGCUCCUUUAUGUACCUUGAAAUCUUAUCUAGUUGAAAACGGAUUGUAACCUUUUAGAAAGCCAUAUUCUGUUGACUGUAUAUACAUGUCUAUCCAAGCAUUUUUAAGUCUCACAAGCUAAUACGCCUUGAUAGUCUUUGUUAUAAAACCCUCAUUUAUGG